GACUUGGUUUUUUCUGCUUCACGGAAUGAUGCAUUUGGCAAUCGUCGCUGCUGCUAAACAGUUUCCUAUUUCUCGUAGAGCAAUAUUUUCCACACAGGAAAACGUGCGCUUGAAAGGCCAUAUUGUUGAGAGUCUUAACUCACCCAGUUUAACGUCGUGCAGCCAUUCCUGCCUCAGGAAUUCAUGGUGUUCUUCCACAAACUUCAAGAAGCCAUCAAGGGACAACGACCAAGGAACUUGUGAACUAAACCAACACGGGUUCCUCGACGAAGAUGCCGAGUUUCAAGACGAGCAAGGUGUAACAUACUCCGUGUUUCUCAAGGGAUGUGAUACGACCUGUUGUCUCAAUGGUGGAUCCUGCGUUCUUGACCAAAACAAACAGACAUUUCAAUGUUCGUGCAAGGCUCCUUGGACUGGAGAAAGAUGUCUAAAUGCUCCUCUUUCAUGCAAGGACAUCCGGGACUCAUGGGACUCCAUUGGGGACGGAGAGUACUGGAUCGACCCUGAGAACAGUUGCAAGCCUGUGAAGGUCUUCUGUGACAUGACAACGGAAGGAGGAGGAUGGCUUCUCGUCGCGAACUUUGUGACUGAUGGCUUUACUUCAUUCACCAGAUGGACUUUAAAUUCAUCAUACCGAGCGAUCAGCAACUUCUCCAGCAAUAAAAUGGGUAUUACAACAAAGGCAAUGCAAGAUCUCAGAUCACACUUGAAUUUCACUCAGCUUAGAUUCCAUUGCAGUAAGAAACAGGGACGUACGUUCCACGUGGCCACUGUGGCUAACAGCUCUGGCGAAGCUGUAGUUCAGUAUUUCAGCGGUCAGACAAAUGUAGUGCCUAAUUCAUGCGGGUCCUUUCAAAAAAUGCGCGGGGAUAACUCAGAGCUGGCAGCGCAGUGUGAAAGGUGGGGACAUGAAAACAGGUACUAUGUGGGAAAAUGGGGAAAGAAAAACCAGAAAAGAGAGCAACGGUUGUACGAUAGGGCUGCAUUUGUUACAAAGAAGUACUACUGGUAUUUGAGAGAAGACUACUGGUUCUGUGAUGACAUGACUAAUGAUACCAUCUCGUCGCCAGGAGACUUUUGGAAAAUCUACGUGCGUUAAAUGAUUAAAACGCACAAGAGUAAGAGCAAUUUUGAUUUGAGCAUCGAAGCAGUAUAUACAGAUCUGCGCUAUUCGUCACACUGUUGGAAACUGUACGAUACGUUAAUUAUUCUUGUCUGAGUUGACUGAUAUUUAUUAGUGAUUUCGUUUAUCUAUACAUAGCCAAACUAACAUGUAUGCGGCACGUGUUUUAUCGCCCCAUAUAUGGCACUAUUCCACCUGCUUACGACGGGACGUUUUGUGUGUGUUUCCUCGGAAUAAGCCGAGAGUUGUUAGUGGGAGUUAACCGAGGCGUUGUAGUAAAAUCGUUAA